GCUAAUAAGAAAAGUUUUCCAAGGGAUUAAGAAUGAUGUAGUUCCCCUCUGACAUAAGAACAAUGGAUGAAAAUCACAAGGAGACACUGGCUAAAUUACGUGGUGCUGUAACUAAAGGGGACAAACAUAAAUUAUUAGAAGUACUCAAUGAGCACAAGACGCAUGCUAGGAUUGAUGAUUUGUUGAAUCCUUUAAAGACAGGGUAUUAUCCCUUCCACGAGGCAUGCAAGCUUGGCCAUGAAGAUGUUGUCAUUCUACUAAUGGGAUACUGGGAUGAUAUAGAUAUGGAAAAAGAAGGGGAGGGUUCCCCCCUCAAACUUGCUGCUGCAAAUGGCCAUGUUGAGAUAACGGAUAUACUCUUGAGUCAGGGAGCAUAUGUUGCUGAACCUUCCAAAGAUCUUGAUUCACCAUUUUAUGUUGCGACCUUAUUUGGACAUGCCCAUGUCCUGGAUAUUUUAAUGGACCAUGCUGCAAGUUUGAUUUCCACAAUAGAGAACUUGAAAGUGCUUCUGUAUGCAGCCUGUAUGAGUGGUUUGGAAAGUAUGGUGAAUCGAUGGUUGAAUCCACAGAUCGACAUCAAUGAUCCAAUCCCAUACCUCCUUCCUAGUCUCCCAAUAGAGCUACAAGAGGCUGUUCCACUAUAUGCAGCAUGUAAAAGUAAUAGCAUAGAUGUAGUGAAACUGCUUUUGUACCAUGGGGCCGACAUCACUACUGCUGUUAUUGAGAAAUAUCCAGAUAUCUUCAGUCAGAUAUUUGAUGAAGAAGUGACUGAACAUUGGAAAGCUAACAAUGAUGGAACAACAGAACUUCAUCAUCGUGUGAGUCUAACAUACAAUUGUCUCCAUGGAGUCCACCCUACAUGGUUGACACGUUGGAGUGACACAUUGACACAUUUGGACCUCUCACACAAUAGUAUAACUACAUUGCCAAGUGCAGUACCAUGGGAGCUGAAUAGACUUCAGGUGAUGGAUGUCUCAUUUAACAGAAUUGAAGUUUGCUCUGUGCCAGACACAAUACACUGCCAUUGUCUGGCAGAUGUGAAACUUAACAAUAAUAAAUUCCGCACACUUCCUUCCAAGCUGUUUCAAAUUAUGGCUUUGGAAACUCUUGAUGCCAGUAGUAAUGUACUAGAGAGUCUCAUAACAAACACCAGUACAGAUAGUGACAUGGAGUUGCUCGACACAUUUAGGCAAGAGGGAAGCAGACAUGCCAGAGUGUCUAAGGGUGUGUUGGAUCAGAUCUGGUAUGCUUCCAAGCUGCACACUAUCAACCUAUCAAAAAAUAAUUUAAGAGAUCUUCCUGCACAUAUAGCAUUAUUAGAAGGGGUCUGCAAUUUGGACUUGAGUGAAAACAAGUUCUGCAAGCUUCCCAAACCUUGGGAUUGUAGACUGCUGCAACUAAAUUUGUCCAACAAUUUCUUAGAUGAGUUUAUUCUUGAACCAGAGGAUAAAUGGUCAUCCUCUAUCAGGAAACUUGAUAUCCAUGGCAACAGAUUCCAAGAUAUUCCACCAGGAGUCUGUGGUAUAGUUUCAUUGGUAGACCUUAAUAUCUCCCAUAAUAACCUUAAGUGUUUACCAAUGCCUGAAAGUUGGCGAUGUAAGAAACUGCGUCAUUUAAAUCUCUCAAACAAUCAGUUGUGCAAUGUAUCUAUACCUCCACCAAGCAAAAGUCCAAUGACUCCAUUUAGUAAAGUAAAGGGAUUCUUUCAAACUGCUAAACCUGCCAUUAUAACUGAAGAUGAAGAUUUACUUGUAUUGCCAAAAUUUGAGGACCUUCAUCUCCUCAACCUUAGCAACAAUCACCUACUACAAGUACCACCGAGCAUCUGCAAACUGAAAUAUUUAGAGACACUCAACAUCAAAGGCAACCCACACAUCACAGAGUUGCCAAAGGGACUGGGAAAUCUGAAGAUAUACUGCCACAUCAAGUUUGAUGAAGGCCAGGCUACAAACAUCCCCAAACAGUUACUACAGGGUAAUGAGAUGAAUAGACAUAGAGACAUUCUUGCCUUCCUGUGCACCCAAUUACGCCAAUCUGUUCCCCAUCACAGCAUGAAGCUCAUGGUUGUGGGAAAAGAGAAAAGAGGUAAGACUAGCCUACUAGCAGCUCUCCAAGGCAAACCUUCCCCAAUAUAUAAUGUGGCUACCAAUGGCAUUGUGGUUGAGGAAUGGAAACUACUUGCCACUCAAGCAAAGAAAAGCCAAAAAUCCAAAGACUUGGCCAACCUCCCUGACAUCACAUUUAGCACAUGGGACCUUGCAGGACAGGAGGAGUUCUAUGUUACCCAUCAGUGUUUCCUCUCCUCCAAUGCCCUCUACAUAGCAGUGUGGGAUCUAAGACUAAAGGAUGCUGGGAUUGAUAAUCUUGUUCCUUGGUUACUGAACAUUCAGUCGAGGGCCCCUGAUUCAUCAGUGUUCAUUGUCGGAACCUAUCUGGAUUGUAUUCCACCCAAGGAGAUGCCCAGUCUCACUAAAAAGAUUCAAGCACGCCUGAAAAGAGAAUUUGUUAAAUCUGGGUAUCCAAUAAUGGUGGGAUUCCAAGCGGUCUCCUGUAACCCAAAGUGCUAUAAGGGGAUUGAUGAACUAAAAGAGAAGAUAUAUGAUGUGGCAUGUGCAAUGACUAACAAGAAUCAUUCAAGUGAACCCCUUAUUGGAAGACAGCCAUUGGUGGCAAAAUAUCGUUGGAAAUCGGUACCAAAGAGCUACUUGAAACUAAGGGACACUGUGUUAAGUGAAUCAUCAAGGAGGAUUCACAAUGAGGAGCCACCUGUCCUCAAUGAGGAAGAGUUUAAAGCCUUGGCUCACAACACACCUGGGAAUGACAUCAACAGCCACGAGGAACUAAUGUUAGCUGCUAGGUUUCUCCAUGAGAAUGGUGUUCUCCUGCAUUUUAACGAGGAGCUCCGGGGCUUGAAUUCUCUUUUCUUUAUCGACCCAUGUUGGUUUGCAGAGAUGUUGGCAAAAAUUAUCACCAUUGAUGGUGUGCAUACAUUUGUACAAGGUGGAAUACUCAAGAAAUCUGAUGCUGCUCAACAUCUUUUCAAGGAUGGACGGUUCCCAGCAAAGUUGUUACCUCAAUAUGUUCAGUUGAUGGAACGCUUUGAUAUUGCUCUACAAUUAGACGCAGACAGCCUGCUUAUCCCAUCAAAACUUGGUGGUAAACCUAGCAUUGGAUCAAUGAGUAGUGUUAGUGACCAGGAAGAGAAACUUCUCCGAAUCUACAAGAUGGCAUACAUCCCCAGUGGAUUCUGGAGUAGGCUAGUCACCAGACUGCUUUUCUGGGUAAAAAAUAGCAAGAAGUUCUCAAAACAAUCCACAUUUAAAAAACGAUCAUCGACAGAAAAGAUGAAGCAUUUAGGACUAUCAAAAUCAUGGAAUCAGACACUGUGUAGAAAACCAAGUGACAAUCGUGGCUUUUACCUGAGACAACGAACAUAUACAUUCUGGGACAAGGGCCUUAGGGUGAGCCAUAAGGAUGGAUAUUUCACAGUAGAAGAUCUGCACUGUUGUCCAGGCGAUGACAUUAAUGGAAUUAAAAUCACUGUCUCCACCAACUGUGAUGACUUCAGCCCCAUGGGCAUGAUUGUGGACCAUAUAGAUACACUCAUUAAAGAAUGGUACCCUGGGCUUGAUGUGAGAGACUGCUCAGGUCAGAUGUUGGUUGAGAAACUAGUCCCUUGUUACAUGUGCACAAAGUUGCACCCUGAAUGGAAACUGCACCAGGUCGAACUGCUAGAUUUUACAAUGUGCGUCCUGGUUCUACUGGAAUAUGACCACAUGUACUGUAGGAUGCACCCAGACACCCCAGUGCCUUUACGUCAUUUGAUCCCUGAUGUCAUGCUGCAUGACCUGCCCAAGAAGUUUCUUUUGGAUGUUGAUAAACUGGACUACAGGGCUACUGAUGAGACUUGUUUAGGAGAGGGUGGCGAAGGUGGGGUCUAUAAAGGCACAUAUGAUAAGGUGACUGUGGCUGUUAAACAAUACCACAGCAGUAACAUCAACAGCAAACUAUUAGACAUCAUACCCCAGGACUACCUGCAACCAUCAUCUGAUAAGUCACACAAGUCAGUAGACAGUGGACGUGGCAGCAUUGAUGAAAAUGCAUUUGAGAGUAUAGAGAAUCAGCUGCACAUGGCCAAGGUGAUAAAAUGCUUUAAUGAUCUAAGACAAGAGGUGAGCCUAUUAGGGCAGCUCCAUCAUCCCUGUAUUGUUGCCCUGGUGGGGGUCUGUAUCAGGCCUCUCUGCUUUGCCCUGGAGUUAGCCCCCUUAGGAAGCCUCAGGGGCAUUCUGGAUAAGGAAUUGAAUAUGUUGGAUACCAUGAAACAACUGGAUAAUCAGAGAGAAAUCAUCUUUAACCGUACACUCACUUAUAAGCUGAUUCUACAGUUAACAAGUGGCUUGGUGUAUCUUCACAGUCAGAAUGUCAUCUACAGAGACCUGAAAUCAGACAACAUACUAGUUUGCAGCCUUGAUGAAAAUGCCACAGUCAAUGUGAAGAUCUCAGAUUAUGGAAUAUCUUGUUUUAAUACACUUCAAGGGGUCCGUGGAGCUGAAGGUACCACUGGGUACCAAGCUCCCGAAGUGCAACCAGGGAUGACAUAUGAUAGUCAGGUUGACAUCUACUCACUUGGAAUGGUGAUGUAUGAGAGUCUAACUGGCUACAGGCCCUACCACAACUUAGACAAUGUGGUGGAAAUCAGAAAGGCAACUAGGGACAGAGCCAGACCUUCUUUACAGAGAGACAAGGUGAUCAGUUCUUGGGUGGGUCUUGAGAGGCUGAUGGAACAAUGUUGGUCACAUGACCCCGAAAUGCGACCUUCAGCAAAUGAUGUGUACCAAACCAUGAGAGUGCCAUCUUUUUUGUGUCAAACUAACGUGCUGCCAUCUGCUGGAGUUUUCUCCAAAGUAACCUGUAUUUAUGUUCCCCAUAUGAGCCAGCGUCAGCAGGUUGUCUUGAUGUGGAGUGGUUCAGAGGAAAUGAGGACAGUAUACAGUGUGAACCUUGCUCAGAACAACAGAGUGGACCAGCAUACUCAUCCUGGAGCUGAGGCCCAGUGUUGUCACAGGGUGAACAAUUAUAUUUGGCUCGGAACUGAGAGAUGCCAGAUAGAAAUCUUAACCAUUCUGAAAGAUGGAUCUCUGAAAUGUGCCUAUGAACCCCUGCCAGUCCCAAGUAUUCCUCUGGACAUUCUUCAUAAGGAGACUAUGGAUAAUGAUGACAGAGACAAGGUGUUUGUGUCUGGAGCAGAUGGAACCAUCUCUAUCUUCAUCCCCAGCUCUCAACCUGUAAUAUCACACAAUGUAACCCUGAGUCAGGAUAUCAAGCAUCGUAAAUCACGCGAGUCAACUGUGAUAGAAGGUGCGAGUCGACAACUACCAAAGUGGCGAUUAUUCACUACAAAGAAUUUAUGUGUAGAACUUGAUGUUCCUCACAAGUCUGUGAAAUGUAUGCAGCUUGUGGAAAAUGGAAGUAAACUUUGGGUUAGCUUUGGGGGCAGUGUUGUUGUGCUGGACUCGGAUUCCCUAGAGCACCAAGCUACCAUUGAUGUUUCUUACAAAGGCACCCAUAUAAUAUCUCAGUUCCUAACGUAUAAUGGAUCAGUAUUUUGUGUUUGUCGUCGCAUGAAGGAUAUUGUCCAAUGUCAGAUUGAUUCAUGCCAAGCAGUGUGUCGAUUCCAAUGUCAAGAUGCCCACAAGGGGAAAGUAAUAGCAGUGCCUAUCAACACCCAAAAUCAACAAACCUCUGACAUUUCUAGCCCUGAGUCCCAACCAGACCCAAAUGAUGGUAACCAUGGAGACAAAUCAAAAGCAUCUGGUUACUAUACCGACACUGAUAGCAGUAAUGAUGAUGAUUUUGACAGUUAUGAUUUUAUAACAAAUGCAUCAGAUGAGGAAUCCUUUGAAACAUAUUCAAGAUUUCAUGAAAGCCCAUCUCAACACCAAAGAUUACCUGUUGCCAUGGUAACUGAAUUAAAACAAGAUCAUUCUAUGUCCAAGGUGCAAAAAGCUAUUGCAAAGUUUAACAUAGAAAAUGAAAGUGAAAGAGUUGAAGAUGAACUACAGAGUGCUCACCUCAGAAAGCAAUCCAUCGACCCGGAAGUAACAAUGAGGUGUAGAAAAUCAAAUACUAUAGAUGGCUCUGUAAACAGGAGAGCUGACUCUCGCCAGGCCCUCAGAGUUAAGCCAAUUAAAUCAAUGGCUGAUAAAUCAGAUGAAGUGAUGGAUAGUCUCUUUAUGGAUUUGACCCAUCAGGAUGUUAUGGCUUGUGUAAUUGUUAAGGAUACACUGUGGGUAGGGAGGCGAUUCUCCAAUGAUAUCCUCAUUGUUUCAUUGAGUAACAAUCAGGAAUUGGGCUACAAAUACGGCCAGGUUAUUUCUACUUUAACUGUUCAACAGAUUCCUGGUUACACAUUCAGCCAUGUUGACAAGAUGAAGCUCGUUUCUGAUAGACAUGUGUUAAUAUCAGUUGUAUAUGUAACAUGUGCACGAGAGGGCACUGUGGCGAUGAUGGAGGUCAAUUUGAUUACAUUAUGGGAAGCAUGGGGUGCUGAAAAGUUCCAUGCAUCAAACAAAAUGCCAAAUGAUCUUCAAGAAUGUAUAAGCAAUUAUUGAAGCUCUCAAAUAUGGAGAUGGCACAAUUGAGAUCUGUGUGUUAUACCAAAGGGAAUAUUUGUGUACCAAUAUGCAUUAAUAUAAUAUAAGCUUACAAUUUUUAAGCCUAAGACUUAAGUAUGUACAAUAUAUGUGUCCUUAUUUUGGUA